AUGGAUUCAAACAUUAAAGAGCAGGAAGAACUAUAACCAAUUAACUUUAAUAAUGCUGCAAAUCAUAUUUAGAGGCAAAAUGACCCAAAUAAAGAUUACAGCUAGCCAUAGACAUCUCAGCAAAGGAUGUAACUUAGAAAAAAAUUUGAAGAGGAAAAGGUGAAAAAAAAUAGUCAAUAAAUGGCUACUUUAUCUAAUGAACUUUUGAAAUAAUACUUUGACACUACAAACUCUCAUAUUACUAGAAUACCUGAAUUUCCAUCCAGAUUUACAGCUGCUCCAUUUAUUAGAUAUGGACCUUAAUAGAUUUAAGCCUAGGCAAAAAAAUAGAUUCUAACCUAGAGAAUAUAAAACUCUAGUGAAAUUAGUUAGCUUAACCAAGCACACUCAAAGAGUUUAUUAGAGCAGUAAUCUCAUUCUAAAUUCCUUAACACGACUAAAAGUUUGGCAUAGCUCAGUAAAGCACCUCCUGAUUUUAGAGAUCAUAAAGCUAAAUCUUCAACUGAGUAUUUUCUUCCCAAAAUAAAGGAUGGACUUCCAACCACUGUAAAAAAUCUAACUUUUUUGAGAAACUAACAUUCACCAAAGAAGAUAAAAGAAGACGGGGAGUAAAAGGAUUUUAAGCAUAAAUUGAAUUAAAUGUCUAUGAUUAAAAGUAUGAAUUCGAGCAACUUAAAUGAUUCUCAAAUUCAAACUCUCUAAAUUGUAAGUGAAUCGCCCUUUAGAAAAAGGAAAGCAAAUUUAUAAAAUUUCACAAACAAGGAUUUAGGGUUAACAUUCUUUUAAACAGAGCUUCUUGUUGCAGAGGCUUCAACUCCUAGAUAAAAUUUACCUUAACAAUAAGAAUCUAGAAGUAUAAUGAUGAUGAAUGUAGUGAAUUAAUCCAAAUCUUCCUUAUUAGAGGAAGAAGACAAGCCUUUUCUCACAAUGAACAGACUAAACAGCAUUGGACAUAAAUUUCCAGUAGAAGUUAAGGAUAUGAAAGGCUAUGAAAGUGCAAGAAAACAUGAAAAGAAAAUGAGUAUGUCUCACUAUAGAUAGGAACUCUUAAGGCAAAGCUUGAAUAAAUCUUAAAGUGCAAGCAAUAUAACAAAAUAAGAAGAUAAUUCUAAAGAAGCUAUUUAAGAAAACCAAAUUAUGCUAAUUAAUGAUGGUAUCAUAAAUGAAAAUUUGCAGAUGACCCUAUUUAGAGAUUCUUUAUAUUAAACAUAGAAUGUAUUUAAGAAUAGCUAAAUUCUAGAUAAAAACAAUAAGAAAACUAAGAAUGAUCUUAUUAAUUCCAUUAGAAGAUUUGAUGAUAGGACAAUAAGCUAUGAUAAGGCAAAGAGUAAACUUUGGGACUUGACAAAAAACUAUCUUUAUCAGCAUUUCUAGAAAAAUGGGAACUCAAGAGAAACUAUAUUUCCUCAAUAUAAUAAAAGAGGAGAUUUAGUUAAUAGAGAUUCAUUAAUUGACAUCUCUUUCAGAUCUGUAUUUUCAAAGCAGUUUCAAUAUUGA